AUGUCAACUACUGGUAGUUUAGAAAUGACAAUGAAAGAUAGCAGUACAGUUAUACAGGAUCAUAAUAAUGAAGAUGAUAUUUGCCCCAAACCUUCUAGACGUAGUCAACUUGGACUUGAUUGGUUCAAUUUUUUUCUCUCGGAUGUUCUUAAUGGUGUCGAUUCAUUUUUAAGUGCUUAUCUUACAGGAAAAGGUUGGGGACCACAAAGAAUUGGCUUUGCACUCAGUGCUUCUAGUUUUACUACUAUGAUAUCUCAAAUACCAAUGGGUGCAUUAGUAGAUAGUAUACAUAACAAACAACUUCUAAUUGCUAUUGGAGUUAUUAUUGUUCCAAUAACUGCUAUGAUUUUUGCUCUAUGGCCUAUGUUUUGGCUUGUUGUUAUCGGUCAAGUGAUACUAGGGAUUGUCGAACCCUUAUUCUGUCCUGCUAUUUCAGCUAUUUCACUUGGUCUAGUUGGACAAUUAAAUCUUGGAACACGUAUUGGUCGUAAUCAAGCAUUUGGUGCAGCAGGCAAUGUUAUAUCAGCUAUAGUUAUGGGACUUCUUGGUUAUUAUAUUUCUACUCAAUCUAUCUUUUUCUUUGUUGCCGGUGUAUCGAUUCCAACGUUAAUAGCAUUAUUCUGUAUUCGUCAACAUGAAAUUAAUUAUGAACGUAGUCGUGCUGCAGGACAAUCAGAAACCGGCGUGACUAUCGUUAGUUUUCGAAUACUUUUACUACAAAUUAUUCGUGAUCGACGUCUUUUAAUAUUUUUCAGUUGUGUUAUCUUAUUUCAUUUUGGUAAUGCAUCUAUGCUUCCAACUAUGGUUCAAUUACUUGCUCGUGAUCGUUCACCAGGUGCAUCAUCAGCUUUUAUGUCAGCAUGUGUUGUUGUUACUCAACUUAUUAGUGCAUCAUUAGCUGCAUGGGUUGGUCGUUAUGCAGAUAUUUGGGGUCGUAAACCAUUGUUACUUAUUGGCUGGGCAGCAGUACCUUUACGUGGAUUAGUAUGUCUACUAACACAUAAUCCUAUACUUCUCAUUGCAGCUGAAAUUUUUGACGGUAUCGCAGCGGCUAUCUACGCUGUAGUUAUUGUAUUAGUAGUUGCUGAUUUAGCUCAUGGGACAGGUCGAUUCAAUCUUCUACUUGGUGUACUCAGUGUAUCAUCUGGAAUUGGUUAUACAUUGAGUAAUUCAGUGACCGGAACUAUUGUAGAACAUUAUGGUUUUAACUAUGGAUUCAUGACUCUAUCUAUUUUUGGUACAGCUGGAUUUAUUUUGUUACGCAUUGCUAUGCCAGAAACAUUAAUAUCGAAGCAUGUUGUUUAA